AUGAAACCAUCUAAACUGCAAGAUCAUCUGAGAAGAUGCCACCCUGAUAAAACAGACAAAGAUUUGAAAUACUUGCAAACACGCAAAGAUAAAUUUCAGAAGAGACCUACUCUGGACAAAAUGUUCGCUUCGACGUCACAAAGAAAUGAUGAUGAUUUGCGGGCGUGUUACAAUAUCUCGUUACUUACAGCAAAAUCCGGAAAACCGCAUACUAUCAGAGAGAAGUUAAUUUUGCCAGCCGUUGAAGAGGUUUUAAAAACUGUUUUACACAAACCUGCAUCUGAUAUCAUUCAAAGAAUUCCUUUAAGCAACAAUACUGUUGAAAGACAUAUUGAUGAAAUGAGUUCUGAUAUUGAAAGCUUCUUAUGUAAUUAUUUGCAAACGACCCAACUGGACGAGUCAACUUUACCUGAGAAUGCAGCAUUAUUAUUGGCAUAUGUUCGUUUUAUUAUGAAUCAAGAAAUCUACGAAGAACUGCUCUUCGCAAGAACUUUGAUAACCGACACUAAAGAUUUUGAAUCUAGGUUUGAGGAUAUUUUGACUAUGGUAAUACCACCGUGGAUAAUUAAUCCAUAUGGUGGCAUAGAAGAAACGAAUGUCAUAAUACAAGAGGAACUGACUGAACUAAGUACAAACGAAGAACUUAAGGUUCAGUUUAAAAACGGAUAUCAGCAAUUCUGGCUGCAAAACAACAUACCCGUUACUUAUCCCUUUCUUCAGCUUUCUGGUAUUGUAGGUGUCGUGUAUGUAGUUUCGGAAAUGUACGUGUACUUGAAGAAGGGAGUCCCCAAAUAUAUCCUUGUAAUUGAAACACGUAAAAAUAAAUAA